CCAAUGACGCAAAUUGUCAUACUUUCCCAUUCACAUUCCUAUCUCUAACUAAAAAACAUAUUUUAGUUUCAUACAAACCCAAAAACAUAUAACAAUAUUUCCCUCCAUUUCCGUCCGGCCAACAUGUCGUCGGAAAAUAUCUCCGGCCACCUUUUUAUCCUAACUCUAUUUCUCUUAACACUCCACUCUUAUUCACAAUCCGACCAACGUCAGAUUCUAUACAAAUUUAAAUCCAGUUUUCAAAAUUCUAACACAAAAGUGUUCACAACAUGGAAUGACCAAACUCCCAUAUGCAAAUUCAAAGGAAUUGAAUGUAAUUCGAAUGGUUCGGUUAGCAAAAUCGAUCUUUCUAGCCAAGAACUUGUUGGAACUCUUUCUUUUGACACAAUUUGUUCAAUGAAGUCACUUGAAAAUAUUUCAUUUGGUUCAAAUCUUUUGCUUGGGAAUAUUAGUCCAUAUAUAUCAAAUUGUACGAAUUUGAAGCAUCUUGAUUUAGGGUACAAUUCGUUUUCGGGUGAAGUCCCGGAUUUAUCUUUGUUGUCAAAACUUGAGUAUUUGAAUUUAAACCUGAGCGGAUUUUCUGGGCGAUUUCCUUGGAAAUCGCUCAGAAACAUGUCCGCUCUGGCUUUUUUAAGUUUAGGAGAUAACCCUUUUGAGAAAACUCCUUUUCCUUUAGAAAUUUUGAAUUUAAAGAGCUUAUCCUCUCUUUAUUUAUCAAAUUGUUCUAUAGAAGGAGAAAUACCCGAAGAAAUCGGGAACUUGAGCUUAUUAGAGACUUUAGAGAUUUCGGAUAGUUUUUUAGUUGGAAAAAUCCCAUUAGGAAUCACAAAACUCACAAAACUUCAAAUGCUUGAGCUUUACAACAAUGAGUUAAAUGGGGUUCUUCCUUUUGAGUUUAGGAACCUUGUUAAUCUUGCAAAAUUUGAUGUCUCGAAUAAUAGUCUAGAAGGUGAUUUAUCCGAGUUAAGAAACUUAACUCGGAUGGAAUCUUUACAAAUUUUUGAAAAUAAUUUUUCUGGCACAAUUCCUCAAGAAUUUGGAGAAUUCAAAUGCUUGAAGCAGUUUUCGAUUUACGACAACAAGUUUGUAGGUGAACUCCCUGCGAAAAUCGGGUCAUGGGCUGAAUUUGAAUACAUUGAUGUAUCACAAAAUUUUUUGACUGGUUUGAUCCCUCCUGAUAUGUGUAAAAUGGGCAAAAUGGAAAAACUUUUGAUGCUUGAAAACAACUUCACUGGUGGAUUACCCGAGACUUAUUCGAGCUGUUUAUCUUUAAUUCGGUUAAGAUUAAGCAAUAAUUCGCUUUCUGGAAGAGUUCCUGAUGGAAUUUGGAGUUUGCCUAGUUUAAGUAUGAUUGAUCUUGAGUUAAAUCAGUUUGAAGGUCAAAUAGGAUCAAAUAUUGGUGAAUCAAAGACCUUAACACAGCUUUUUCUAGCUAAUAAUCAGUUUUCGGGUGAAUUACCAAUGGAAAUAUCAAAGGUUUCGUCUCUAGUACAAAUCGAGCUUUUUUCUAAUAAGUUCUCAGGUGAAAUUCCGUCGAAAAUUGGUGAACUUAAGAAUCUAAGUAAUCUUCAUUUACAAGAUAACAUGUUUUCUGGUGUUAUUCCAAAGUCAUUAGGUACAUGUGUAUCUUUAAAUGAAAUAAACCUUGCUAGAAAUUCGUUAUCAGGUCAAAUUCCUGAUACUCUUGGUUCUUUAACGAGUUUGAACUCGUUAAACUUAUCGGGUAACAAACUAUCUGGACUAAUUCCAGAUAGUUUGUCGUCGUUGAAGUUGACUGAUAUUGACUUGUCGAAUAACUUGUUGGUUGGGCGAGUACCGCAGUCUUUGUUGAUGGUUGCGUAUAAUGGAAGUUUUGCAGGAAACCCGGGUUUAUGUGCUGAUGAAAGUAAGGAUCUUGAGAAAUGUAGACCGGUUUCUCGUAAGUCUAAUAAGUGGCAAGUUGGUGUGUAUUGUUUCUUAGCAGGUGUACUUGUGUUAGUAUUAUCCGUCUUGUGUUACCUUUUUGUUAAGUUACGGAAAAACAGAGAAAAAAGUUUGAUAAAUCGGGUUUAUUCGUGGGAUGUGAAGCAGUUUCAUGUUUUAAAGAUUAGAGAAGAAGAGGUUUUAAGAUCUCUUAAAGAAGAGAACUUAAUUGGAAAAGGUGGGUCAGGAAAUGUUUAUAAAGUUGUGUUAGAUUGUGGUGAAAAACUAGCAGUGAAACAUAUGUGGAAAUCUGAGCCCGAAUGCGGUACUUGGAGUAGUAGCAGAGCGAUUUUACCAAAAAGAAAGAGCCGGAUACAGGAGUAUGAGGCUGAGGUAGCCGCUUUGAGCUCAUUACGCCACAUGAAUGUGGUCAAGUUGUAUUGCAGUAUCACGAGUGAGGACUCGAAUUUGUUGGUUUAUGAGUACAUGCCAAAUGGAAGCUUGUGGGACCGCUUACAUACGUAUCAGAAAGUUGAGAUGGAUUGGAAUGUUCGGUAUGAAAUUGCGUUGGGGGCUGCAAGAGGGUUGGAGUAUCUGCACCACGCGUGUGAUAGACCGGUGAUCCAUCGCGAUGUGAAGUCGAGUAAUAUUUUGUUGGAUGAGGACAUGAAACCAAAAAUCGCAGAUUUUGGUCUAGCAAAAAUGCUGCAAAUCGAAAAAGGGUUGGAUUCGACUCAUAUUAUUGCAGGAACACAUGGUUACAUUGCUCCUGAAUACGGAUACACACUUAAUGUGACUGAAAAAAGCGACAUCUAUAGUUUUGGCGUCGUUUUGAUGGAGUUAGUAACAGGGAGAAAGCCUGUGGAACCCGAAUUUGGUGAAAACAAGGACAUAGUUUAUUGGGUUCACAACGAAAUGAGAACCAACAAAGACAUGACAGCGUUGGUGGAUUCUAGCAUUUCAAAAUAUGAUAAGGAAGACGCGGUUAAGGUACUGAGCAUCGCAGUCCACUGUACGAUGAGGCUACCGGGGUUGAGACCUUCGAUGAGGAUGGUAGUGAAACUGUUGGAAGAGAUCGAGCCUAAGUCACUUGUCGAUAUCGUAAUCGACAAAGAGAGCGAAAAGUAGAUUUCACUUGAAUCUUGUACACUUAAAAACUAGAGUAAAUCAUAAAACGAUGAUCGUAGAAGAACGAUCCACGUUACUUUUUUGGGUAGUUUUGUAUUGUAUAGUCAUGUAAUAUUAUUUACUUUGUAUCAUGUCGCUAAAAAUUAUUACAUAUAAUUAGAUUUUGUACAAGAUGUAUAAGUUUGCCAAAUAAAUAUUGGGCAACAA